UUGGUAGUAGAUGCAAUUAGAGCUGGGCACAAAUGCUUGAUACACGGUUUGUACUCGCUACUUGACUCGGUUUGGUUUGAAAAAAACAAGUACUUGCUCAAAUCAAGUUGAGUAACAAGUAAGCGGAUUUUAUUUCUUGCAAGUACAAGUCAAGUAUCAAGUUCAUUUUAAUUUUUAGCUACUUGGUUUGUUACUUGGUUUAUUACUUGGUUUAUUAUUUAUUAUCCUUUACUUAUUCAGUUAUUUGUUAUAUAUUAUUUGGUUUAUUAAAUAUUUAGUAUAUAUUUCAUUAGUUAAUUAAAAUUUAAGUAUUUUAUGAGUGGCUACAAUUACUUGUUACUUGCCUAUGUUCACUACUUGGUUGGUUGGUACUUGAUCUUUAAAGUCGAAUACUUGUUUUGACCAAGAUGUGUAUCAAGUAGUCUAUUUAAAAUACUUGUGAAUACAUACAAAUACAAAAUCAUAAAAUAAAAUUAAUUAUUUGGUUUAUUAUUCAUUUUUUAGUUGAACAAAUAUACAUUUUCCUAAAUUAUAGUAAAACAACUCGUUUAUAUUUCAAUUUUUAUAAGUGAAUCAAACAUAAAUUACAUAUUUAUAUAAGAAUUUUGGAAUUUUUUUUUUAAUUUAAUCUAUUUACGAAUGACUAAAAACCAGGAAAAACAAUGACAAAAUAAAAACAAAGACAUAUUAUUUAUAUAUAAUAAAUUUAUUUACUUUUAAAUUUCAACUAAUUAUCAAAUAAUUUACCAAUAAUUAUCAAAUAAUUUAUAAAUAAUUUACAAGUAACAAGUAAUAAAACAAGGGAAGUAACUACCAAAUCCAUCAAUUUUUCACAAGUACUUGAAACUAUUAGUACUCAUUUUUAACAAACCAAGUACAAGUCCAAAAUUUUAAUUUUCCUACGAACCAAGCCGAGUACUAAGUAUACCGAAAAUACCAAGUACUCCGCUUGUGUUCACCCCUAGAUGCAAUAGCUUAGGUUUAAGCAGUGAUGAACAUAUUGAUCUUACAUUCUUUUUGGCUGUAUGUAAUUGCUAACCACGCUGGUGUGUAUUUGACUGUGGUGAUCUUUGGUGAUUUGGAAAAAAAAAGAAGCCAGAUGACAAUAUAAUUUUGGUGAUUCUAAACCAUAUUUUUUUUGAAAACGACGUCGUUUCAUCUCAUUUGAAAACGACGUCGUUUUAUUUAAUGCCAACAAUAAAUGACGUCAAAUGUUUUUGUUAAAUUUGUUGAUGGCGUGCCAAAUUGGCAAGUCAGCGAAAACAUUUAUUCUAUUAAAACAGCAGUGUGACCCAUUAAUAAAAAGUUAUAUCCAACUAUCUAUUUCUUUUAUCCAAGAGACCACUUAUUAUUAUCUUUAUAUAAUUGUAUCUGAUUAAUUUAAAAACUGCCACGUUCAAUUUUCUUUUUUAAACACCACCACGUUCUUUUGCAUCUCCUAUUAAAAAAUUACCAAAAAAACAAUUUAGUAAAAUCGAUUUUUUUGUCCAUGGAAGGUGACCGUGUGGCGUACAUGCUUGAUCGGUGGUAUUCUAUCUCCUCUAAAUCGCCUGAGUAACUGAGUUAGCCGGCCACCUAAUUUGGUAAAAGUUGGGAUCUCGAUUUUCUGUAAAGAUGGCAAGAUUAACAAGUUUAUACGAUUAAAAAACCUAUAUAUUUGAGAAGUUUCAUAAUGUUAACAAAAACCAGAAUGUCGACUGUAAAAAAUACGAGACAAAAUUAGGUUUAACAUAAAGAAGAAGAUGUCACGUGGUCUCUCUCAGGUGCCUUUACUAUCAUAAAAUGGGAAUGAGCCCAUUAGCCAUCUAAACAGUGCAUGAUCCAUUAACCCACAUGGUUUUUCGUAUUAAAAUUUUAAAACUUUUAAUAUCAGAAUGUAUUUUGUUAAUACUACUGAAAUCAAAUUUCAGGAUAUAAUACUACUGAAAUCAAUAAAUAUAUAAUACUAAUGAAAUCAGUAAAUAUAUUUGGCUCCAAUUCUCAAAACAAACUCUAACCCUAUAUAUUCAUAUGAAUAUAAUUUAUAAAAUAAAAUUUUAAUUUAUAAAAUAACUUUUUUCUAAAUUUAAAUUAUAACUAGAUUUUGACCCGCCAUUUCAAAGGGAUAAAUGUUAUGUCCAACUAUGUAUUUUCUUUAUUUUAGGGACUUUAUUAUUCUCUUUGAUUUUAUUUAAACAUUAACAUGUUUAAUAUAAUUAAAACCUAAGAACACAAAUAUAAAAAUAAAAAUUUUCAAAAUAAAUUUUUAAACAAAAGAUAUACCCGCCCUUUUCUUGAAAGGGCGGGUAAGAAUCUAUGGCACAAAUUAAUAUUUUAACAAUAUAAUAAAUUCAAUAUAAUUAUCAAAAUACUUUACUAAUCUUUUUUUUUAAAUUACGCAAAUAUGAUCAUAGAUAAAAACACAAAUAUGAUUACAAAAAAAUACAUAUAUGAUACAAGGAAAGACACAAUUACAUACUUAUGAAACUUGAUUUAUUUAAUAUACUUACAAAAAUUAUCUAUUCUAUCAAAUUCAUAUCAUACAAAAAUAUGAUUAUACAAACACACAAACAUAUAAAUUAUAUUAAGCAAUAAUUUAAAAACAAAAAAUAUAGCCGCCCUCUCGAGGGCGGGUCACUAUCUAGUUGUUAAUUAAUUUUAAAGUCAAUGAAAGUUUGGUGUUUUUUUGGUCAGCCUAAAAGUUCAUGUUUCUUUUGGCAAUUCGUGCAAAGUUGAGGUUUUUUUUUGCCGAAUUCUCAAAAAAUUAUUGGUUAGUGUUUGUAUUUGGAACAGAAACCGAUGCAAGAGUUGGAAGUGAGAAAUGGACUACGGAGGAAACUGGAUUCGUCAGAAACGAGAAACAGAAACCUCGAGCCUGUAAACUUACUGUUAUGCUCUUCGAUUCUCACAAGUCACAACCACAAUUUGCGCUUAAACAAAAAACUUAUUCGAUCAUACACCUUCACCACUCUUUUAAUUAUAUAUAUUUAUAUUACCAAACGAUUAAAAUUAGGAAUCCUUAAAAUUACACUUAAUUAUUUCAUUUUUUUCAUAUCUUACUCUAGUCUACUUCUAUCAUCAGCUACUUAACCUUUCGUACGCAUGCUCUCUCUCUCAUCUCGACUUCUGCAAGUAAAAGAAAGAAAAAAAAGGGGUGUAAAACAAUCUCUCUCGAGCCCCUUUCACCGCCAGUGACAGCAGAGAGAAUCACACAGUAAAAGGAUUUUUAACUCUCUCAUCUCUCUUUCAGUCACUUCGUCACUAUCGUUUAGCUUUUGUCUCCUUUCACCUUUUUAACUCGACUGCGAAUAUUACCCGUUGAGUUGAGUCCCAUUUUUUGACAAAACACUUUUUUUUAAAGCUCAGUUUCUUUUUUGUAAUAAAAUAAAAAUAAAUGAGAGUGUGUUUCUUCUUCUUCUUCCACUGUACAAAUCGUCGCUUUGCUGAUUUCCAUCUGUCUCCUUUCUUUCCCCUUUCUCGUAACUUGUCGAUAUUUUGCUCUAAUGUACACUCUUCUUCUCUGCUUUUCCUAAAGAGAUUCUUCUUCUUCCUCCUCCUCCUCCUCACGAGCUCCAAAGUUUCAGAAAAAAAGCUGAUAAUCUUUUUAUAAUUAAAAGAAGUCUUUUAUCUUAAGCUUUGAGCUCAGAUUCUGUCAAGAUAUUCUUUCACCAGAGAAUGAUUGUUAUUCUCCGGUGAAGUUAUUGGAAUGCGAGACAUUUAUCUGUGUGGUGUUUCCUUCUCUCUGAGCUUUUGUGUCGGUCGUUAGGGUUUGGUGGUAAUGACGGGUGAGUUACAGGAGACGGUGGCGCCGUGUGGGGCCAUAACUGAGAAACGGCCAAGCAGACUCAGCGGUUGCGUCGGCGUUUUCUUCCAGCUCUUCGAUUGGAAUCGACGCUUCUCCAAAAAGAAGCUCUUUUCUCGCAAAUCUCUUCUUCCUGGGAAACAAGCUUCUAAGAGGUUUGGUGGGAAUGAUAAACUGCUAAAAUCUAAGCUUAACCUGAUUGAUGAUGAGAACAGAGGAAGUUUCCCGAACCGAGGUGAAGUUGUGGAGUUUAAAAAGCAUGAGAUGAGACCUCCUAGCUUGGUAGCACGUUUGAUGGGACUUGAAUCAAUACCAUCUAACCACAAGAAGAAGAAGAAGUCAUCACAUUUGAUGAAUCAGGACAAGGAUAAAUGCCUUUUGUCUGACGAGGAAGAUAGUGGUUUGGAUAAGUCUAGGCCAGAGAAGAUGCAGAGAACAAUAACAGGUGUGUGUGAUAGGCGUGUUAUGGUGAAGAAGUUUGGAUCAGACGCCAUGCAGAUCAAGAACGUUUUGACCCGAGUAAGGAAACAUCAUCACCAGCAUCAGAAUCUGGCUUCUCCUGUUAAAAGCCCGAGGCUUCAGAGACGUAACUCUAGGUUGAUCAACGCUGCUGCUAGGAUUCUUGAACCGGGGAAGAGAAAUUUGAAAUACAACGCUAUUGCUUAUCCAAGUUCUUCGAGGACUAUACGGUGUGGAAGUGUUGGGAAAGAGCCUGCUGUUUCACCUGAUUAUAACACUAGUGUUGCUUCUUGUAAAGCCUGUGGUAGCUUUGUUGAUGUUCAUGGUUCUAGUUCGGUAAGUGAAGAAAGUGGAAAGAGCAUGGUUUGUGUUUCUGAAUCAACUCCCUUUGAGAGGAGUAAAAGAAGUGUGCAUUGGAGAAAUCAAGAACCAUCUGUGUCUGUUUCUGGUAAAGGCAGAGGCUGUAUAGAUCAAAUGGAGAGGAAGGCUCUUCACCGUGCUCGGUUUGACUUCAAUGGGAAGCAUGUGAAGGAUGAAAUAUCAAUGCCAGGCGACAGAAUGUUUCCUCAGUCUUACACCUUACAGAGAAGCAGAGGUUCGUCUUCACCUGCAAAUGCAUCCAACUGUAAAGAGAAGGACUUUAUUGCCAUCAGUAGAGGUUCAAGUAGCAGGGAGGAGUCUUCUAAUAGAUCAGGUCUAAACACUUGUGCACGGAAGAGAAGGCUAGCUUGUGCAAGUAGCUCUAUGAGUAGUCCAGUGUCAAGACGAGGAGAUGGUAAACGCUCUUGGGAUUGUAGUAAUGAAACAGCAUUUUCACCAUUGAAACUUGGUUCUCCUCAUAGAAGUUAUAGCCAAGGCUGCAGAGAGACUAAAGAGAGAAAAAGACCGCCAUGUGUUCCAAAUCAGAUGGGUCAGAGAAGAAUACAAGUUGAUGCCGGUACUGUGGGUUUGAUUCAGCAGAAGUUGGAAGAAAUCACUUCUCAAGAAGAAGAUGCAUUGCCCAGUAAACCGGCCUCUUUGAUCCUCCAUGAGUUGCUUUCUUCACUAGCACGCGAGCAGUCUUCUUAUACCCUGGACGUUAAUACAGCUACUCGGAGGAAAGGCAAAACAGAGAUGUGGAGUUCCAUUGGUAAUGCAAACAGUGAUUACACAAGCCCUGGCUCCGUACUUGAUGCAUCUUUCUCUAACGAGAGUUGCUUUUCAAAUAGCUUCGACAAUGUCUCAGUUCCAGGACAGAUGAGGCUGCCUCUAGAGUCAGUAGACCCCGACUGGGACGUUCUUGAAGACUCCGCGACUUUGUUCAAGAACUCGACAAGUGGUGGUAACUAUCAAACAAUCACCAGUCUGGUCAGCCAUGUCUCCAACGUCCUGCGAAGCUUAAGCAACACAGGUCUCAUAUUAACGCGGCAGAGAUUCACCAACGCAAGAGAAGUCAUAAUCCACACCGAGCUAUUGGCUCCCCACGACAACUACCUCAUCGGGCAAGAACUCUUCGACGAACUUAUGAUCUACGCAGCUCGUUCCGAUAAUCUCCUUAAUCUCCCUGGAAUAACCGGAGGGUUCCUUGUUGAUGCAAUGAUCGAACACUUGGAAGAAAAAAACACUUCCUGCGGAUUAAAGCCUUCGAGUGCUGAAGCAUCAGAGUUGAUUCAAGGUGUUCUUGGGGAAGUUCCAAAGUGGGCAGCACUGGCACGUGUUGAGAUGGACGAAGUUGUCAGUAGUGAGAUGGAGAAAUGGAUGGAUCUUGAAACACAUUUGUUUGGAGUUGGAACAAAGAUUGCUUAUGAGAUCGUUAUGUGUUUGGUUGAAGAGUUAGCUAUGGAUCUACUUUAGUAUUUGUGUAAUUCACACUAUUAAACCAUUUGAAUCAUAUGAUCAAUGCUUAUUGUUAAAUCUAGCUAUCA